CACAUGUGGGACACUGUCUUGCCUCACUCUUAUUGUUGCUAGUAAAUUUACUCGAAAAAGCAGCAGAUACUCUUGUCAGAAUAACACGCUGCGUUCACUGUGUGACAGACUCUGUUAGGUAAAACUGAACCGUCACUGGUGUCCCCAUGAGUUUUGUGGAGUACUCAGAGUUCAUCAGAGAUGGGGACGUGGCCAUCGUCUUCCUGGGUCACGACUCUCUCAUGCCAGUGAAAGUUCAGUCUGGGGCGCAGACGCAGACUCGUUAUGGGGUCAUCCGCCACUCCACCGACCUUAUAGGUCAACGGUUCGGCUCGAAGGUGACCUGCAGUAAGGGAGGGUGGGUGUAUGUUCUGCACCCCACCCCAGAGCUCUGGACAGUGUGUCUCCCUCACCGCACACAGAUCCUCUACACCACCGACAUCGCCAACAUCACGCUGAUGCUGGAGCUCAAACCAGGCUCCGUCGUCUGUGAGUCAGGAACAGGCAGUGGCUCCUUGUCUCAUGCCAUCCUGCGUACCAUCGCACCCACAGGGCAUCUUCACACAGUGGAGUUCCAUGCCCAACGGGCAGAGAAGGCUGCCCAGGAGUUCAGGGAGCACAAGGUGUCACACCUGGUAACCGUUAAAAACCAGGAUGUGUGCAAAGAGGGCUUUGGGGUCACAGGUGUGGCUGAUGCCGUCUUCUUGGACAUCCCCUCCCCUUGGGAGGCCAUCACUCAUGCCAAGAGAGCCCUGAAACGGAAAGGAGGACGUCUGUGCUCGUUCUCUCCGUGUAUGGAGCAGGUCCAGAGGACGUGUGAGGCUUUGCUGUCUUUGGGGUUUGAGGAGCUCUGCACUAUGGAGGUUCUGCUCCAGACCCAUGAUGUCCGCACUGUCUCUCUGCCUUUGCCCGACUUUGGACCCAAGGACGGCCAGAGUGAGACCACCCCCAAUCCCGCCCCUGACGGAACACCUUCUGCUCAUGCCUCAGUCACCUGCCGGACGGCCACGCCCCCCAGAGAGAUCGCAGGACACACGGGGUACCUGACCUUUGCCACCAAACCCAGGGAUUAGAGGAAGAGUGUGAGUGUGUGUGUAUGUUUGUCUGUUGAAGGGCACAGUGUCCUAUGUGCUCACGGUGGCGACUGUGACGGGACUGUGACUGUGUGGUUCUGCCAAAACCUGGAGAUGGACUUUAAGGUUGAGUUUAUGGAGGUACCCAUUUACCUGAGCCUGUUACUGUACUGCUGUCUGAGAGGUGGUGACAAGUGAGACGUCUGGAGAAUUAUGUGAGCUUUGAUUUGACCAACAGACAAACCUCUCUCUGAGGACAGCCAUAGGAAGAUCCACAAACAGGCUGGUGUGGAGUUAGAGCAUCUGGAGUGGAAUGGAAAAACUGAAACAAAGGAAAUUAUCUUGCAUAUUGAGGAUCUUGUCAGCCCCAUCAGUCAUGGCACACCAGACUAGUCAACAGCCAAAGAUCACUUGAAAUCAAAGAAUGUGCAGCCAAACCCACUGAAAGCUUCACCAGCAGCAGAAAAGCUGAUUUUGUUUGUAACCACACAUUGCUUCAUCAAAGUUUUGCUCACAGCAGUUAAAAGGGCCUUGGAAUUUUUUGUUACUGUUUUCCUUGAG